UGUGUGUGUGUGUGUGUCUGUGUGUGUGUGUGUGUGUGUGUGUGUGCGUUUGUGUUUGAGUGUGUCGAUCAUGGCUUACCAACUAAAACUGGCAGAGAAAUUGGUGGUUCUAAAUGAGCGGGGACGAGGAGUGUUGAUCCGCAUGAAUCACAUCAAAAAGACAUGUGCGGAUCCCAAACGCCGGCCUGCAUUUCUCACGGACAAAUCCAUGGAACCUGCUAUAAAAUUCAUCAACAGGAAAUUUCCCAACAUUGACUUCAGAGGAGGAAGUCAGCAACUCAGCAGCGUCCAGAAACAGAAAUCAGCCAUCCUGGAGGCUCUCAGCAAUUUCUAUGAUUCUUUUAUCGAUGUCAUGGAGUUCAGGGAUCAUGUUUAUGAGCUGCUGAACACCAUCGACGCCUGCCAGUGCUUCUUCAACAUCACGGUGAACUUUGACUUCACUAAGAAUUACCUGGACCUGAUCAUCACCUACGCCUCUGUCAUUUUACUGUUAUCACGCAUCGACGAACGGAAAGCUCUGAUCGGCAUGUACAACUGUGCAUACGAGCUCUCUAAUGGCAGCAGCGACCCAUCGUUUCCUCGCCUCGGACAAACAAUCAUUGAGUAUGAAAAUCCUCUAAAAAAACUCACUGAGGAGUUUGGACCACACACCAAGUCAGUGACAGAGGCUCUGCUGUCACUGCAGCUUGUUUAUCCUCGGAGGAACCUGCAGGUGGAGCAGUGGCGUAGCGCUCAGCUCCUCAGCAUCAUCAACACACCAGCGGCCAUGAUUAACCCUGAGACCAGUGACACGAUGGCAUGUGAGUAUUUAUCUGUGGAGGUGAUGGAGCGCUGGAUCAUUUUGGGAUUCUUGUUAUGCCACAGCAGUCUAGCAUCAAACGCUGCCUCUCUGGAUUUGUGGAAACUGGCUCUGCGCAGUGGUUUUUACAUCACACUCAUCAGAGACGAAGUUAUUAAUGUCCACAAACUAUCAGAAGAACAUUUUGACUCCAUCAAAGGAUACAGUAAACGAAUUGCUGAUAUCAAAGAGUGUAAAGAACAUGCAACGGUGAACUGUGGACCGAUUCAUCGGGAGAAACGACACUUUCUGAGAAAUGCUUUAAAGGAGCUGAUCAAAGUGUUGGAGGAUCAACCAGCUCUGCUUGGACCAAAGGCCUUGUUUGUGUUCAUGGCUCUGUCAUUCUCGCGGGAUGAAAUCUGCUGGUUGGUGCGUCAUCAUGAAAACAUUCCCAAAACUAAAACUCCUGAAGAUUACACAGACGCUCUGAUACCAGAGCUGCUGUUCUACAUGGAGAAGCUUCAAGCUCUUCUGCAGCGUUAUAACUCCGUUCUUCAGCGUUACCAUCUGCAGUAUCUCUCUCGCUUUGACGCUCUCAUCAUCAACGACACUAUACAGAGCAUCGUUGUGUGUCCUGAAGAGGAAUCAGUGCUCAUGACAUCAUUUGUCUCUGAUCUGAGCGCGCUCACACUCAAACAGUUGGAGUGUGGGGACGAACUGGACUUUAAAGCUCUUAGACUUGACUGGUUACGUCUACAGGCAUAUACGAGUGUUUUUAAAGCCCCUUUAGCUCUGAAGGAUUACACAGAUCUCGCAAAAAUAAUGAACUUGACACAGUUUCACACCCGGAUGAUGGACGACUUGGACGAACUUCUCAGUGAAACAGCUGAUCUAUCUAUACUUGGGUUUUACCCACGAGUGUGUGAACGUUUGUUUUCUCAGAGCAGUGAUGAGCCAUCAAUGCACAGAUACCUGAUGGCCUUCCCAAUGACCUGCUCUCACUUCAGCCAGUGCACACACACAUUGUGUCCUGAAGAGGCAGAGCUGAUGGAGAAACACACUCUGAGGCUGUGUGUGAUGUUUCUGGAGCAGAUCGCUAAUCAGACAUGUUCAGUUUUUCUGGAGCUUUCAGCUGAACACAGUAACCUGCAUGAACAGUUGUUGCCGAAACACUCUGCUGAGACGAUCAGUACUGCACACAACAAGAAGCUGAAAAAACCUCCGCCCAAAAAAGGAGAGACAGUGAAGAACAAACCAGGAACUGAGAGUCAAAGAAAGAACAGAUCUGUCAUUACCACGAUGGAUAAACUGCAUAUGGCUUUGACUGAACUCAGCUCCUCCUACAGUAUGUGUUCAGAGUUCACUGUCUUUAAACACAUCAUAGUUCCUGCAGAGUUCCUCAUCACACAGCUGGAACUGCGCCUCAGCAAGAUCAUCGUCCGUUUGGUGAACUUUAACCCAAACACACGUGAGAUCUGUCGUCCCUCUGAGCUGCGGUCACUGAUCGAGUCGUACAUGACCAGCUUAUACACACUGAGUGCCUUCAUCAACAUUGACAUCAGCCGUGUCAUGAAGAGUGUUCUGCUGCAACACACACACCCGCUUGAUGCACAUGGCACACAUACCAUCACCACGCUUUAUACAAACUGGUUUUUGGAGAGUUUGUUGCGGCAGGCGAGUGGUGGCGUCAUCGCUCACUGUCCCACAAUGCACUGCUUCAUCAAUCUCAGUGUGGAGAAUGAACAGAGCUUCAAAGCUGAGGAGUUCUCAGACAUCUGUGAGCUGCGUGCUCUGGCAGAGCUGAUUGGUCCGUACGGAAUGAAGUUUCUUGGAGAGAACCUGAUGUGGCACGUAACAUCUCAGAUCACAGAGUUAAAGAAGCUGGUGUUUGAGAACAUGGAUGUUUUGGUGCAGAUCCGAGCAAAUUUUGACAAACCUGACAUCACAAGCAGCCUUCAAAAGAGACUCACAGGGUGUGAGAAUGUGCUGAAACGUUUGACCAUCAUCGGGGUGAUUCUGUCGUUUCGCACCAUGACUCAGGAAGCUCUGGAGGAGGUGAUGCACAAACACUGUCCGUUCCUGAUGGGACCCAUGGAGUGUGUGAGAGACCUGGCCAGCGCAGAUGAACCUGACAUGAAGGUGGUGUUGAGUGUGUAUGAGCUAGCGUCUUCCGCUGGAGUGAAAUGUGAUAUUGACCCCACCCUCGUAGCCGCCAUCGCUAACAUGCGUUCAGACAAUGCCUCAGUGGAGGAGGAAUAUAAACUGGCGUGUCUGCUGUUGGUGUUUGCCGCAGUGUCACUGCCCAUUCUGGCCAUCGACCCGAACUCAUUCUACAGUCGAGAACAAGGAGGUCACCAAAACAACAUCCACUGUCUCGCCACCGCCAUUAACCACCUCGCUGCUGCCAUGUUCACCGUACAAAACAAGAACAUUGAACAGCACCUCCGCGAGUUCCUGCUGAUUGCGUCCUCAGCGUUACUGCAGCUUGGACAGAACAUUGAGAAAGUGGAGAUCAAGCACAGAGCCUCGGUCUACCUGCUGCUGGACAUGAUUGUGGACCAGUCUCCAUUCCUCAGUCAGGAUGUCUUGGAGAACUGUUUCCCCUACGUGCUGCUGCGCAACGCCUACAGAGAAGUUUACAGGACCUUCAUACACACUAUGGGAUAAACACACACACACACAAACAAAUAAACUGAGUGGGACAAAAAAAUGGGACAUUAAUAUAGACAGAUAUCUUUUGAUUAAAGAACAUUGAGCUUAUCAAACUCAUACCACACAUAGGUCGAAAAUCUUCACGAGGGGGUGUGGCCAAGGCAGGGCUACACUAAGAACGGGAAAAAGCAGGAAGUGAACAGGAAGAGUUGAUGAUGUGUGGAAGUGAUUCUGAAUCCGUGUUCUAAUGAUAAAUUGUUGCUCAGUAAGACUCCUUCUUAUCAUAAUAAUAUUAUUCAUUAUUAAUAAUUAUUAAUCUGAGUUUUUAAUCUCUUUCUUUUAAUAAAACCCUGCUCAUGUUGUUCGUCUUUUUUUUUUACAAUGAGUUAAAUCUCAGUCUUAUAAUCAUCUGCUUUAUAAUCAUCCAUGUUAUAAAUAAAGUUUUUUGUCUUAUUGA